AUCGAUAUUCCAGUUUUGUAGGUAGAAAGUACUCAGUCAGCUGUUUUCCCAGACGGAAAGUUUAAAUUUAGUAAAUUUAAAUUGUGUAAUUUCUGCAUUCAAACACAAAUUUUUUGUAAGCCUUAAUUAAUCGAUGGAUCCCAACUUGCGUAAUCUGAAAGAUUUUCUUACAUUAUACAAUAAAGUCACUGAGCUGUGUUUUAGCCGAUGCGUGGAUAACCUCAAUCAGCGCGAGUUGGGCGGCCAAGAGGACACUUGCGUGGACAGAUGUGUCACCAAGUUCGCUCGCUUUAACCAAAGUAUGAUGAAAGUCUAUGUAGAUGUACAAACAACAAUAAAUACAAAGCGCAUGCAAGAAGUUGAGGAGAAUGCCAGAAAGUUGGAGCAACAACGAAAGGAAGACCGUCAAAAGGAGGAGCAAAUUGAAAAGGAAGCCGUUACCGCUGGCACUUCGGUGUUGACGCCAAUUCCUCCAGCCGCCUCAGGAAAUUUAUCCAUGUAACAGUAGACUCUGGAGACGAAACCAACACUCAAAUACACAUGCGUAAUACCUCCAAUACGACACACGAUGCCAGCGAAAAUUUGCCUGCUUGCUCUCAUUGGUCUGCCGGGAGCGGGCAAGUCUGCACUCAGUAACUGGGU